UACUCCUAAAACCCUGAAACCUAAAACCCUACCUCCUCUUUACUUUCAUUUCAGGUUUCACUACCUCCUUCACUUUUCAACAACUCCAUUUCUCUCUCAAUCACCGCCAUUCCAUACAAAAUGGCAAGCACUAUUCUCAGAAGAUCCUCUUCCAUAUUCUCACGGCGUUUAAUCGCCGCCUUAACUUCCGUUGAACCACUUUUGUCACGUCACAACAGCCACGCCUUGUCCUCCGCCGUCUACUGUAACGGAAACAGGCUGUUUCACGCCAAAUCUGGACCGUUGAAUUUCCACUCGUCGCUGGUUUCUCGUGGUGCGCAACUUGCCGUGGAUUACGAUGACGACGCGCAACACGAUGAAGGUGAGGAAGGACUGGAGAUCGCGAAGCUUGAAAUUUCUAAGGAGAUUGUUAAUGCUCUUGCAAAGAAAGGUAUCACGAAGCUCUUCCCCAUUCAGAAAGCUGUGCUGGAACCUGCUAUGCAAGGAAGGGAUAUGAUUGGUCGAGCUAGAACAGGAACUGGGAAAACUCUUGCUUUUGGGAUACCUAUCUUGGAUAAGAUUAUUAAGUUUAAUGCUAAGAAUGGGAAAAGAAGAGAUCCUAUGGCUUUGGUGUUGGCACCGACCAGGGAACUUGCACGGCAGGUUGAAAAGGAGUUCAAUGAUGCUGCACCUAACUUGGAAACAAUUUGUCUUUAUGGGGGUAUGCCUAUUCAGCAACAAAUCAGCCAACUUGGCGGUGGCGUAGAUAUUGUAGUUGGCACGCCUGGACGUGUUAUUGAUCUUCUCAAAAGGGGUUCUUUGAAGUUGAAGGAUGUUAACUAUUUAGUUCUUGAUGAAGCUGAUCAGAUGCUUCAAGUAGGAUUUCAAGAAGCGGUGGAGAUUAUUUUGCAGAAGUUGCCUUUAAAGCGUCAAACUGUUAUGUUCUCGGCGACAAUGCCUUCUUGGAUAAAGGAUAUUACACGCAAAUACCUUAACAAUCCCUUAACCAUUGAUCUUGUUGGAGAUUCUGAUCAGAAGUUGGCAGAUGGAAUUUCAAUGUACUCUAUUGCAUCUAAUGCUUAUGCUAAAGCAGGAAUUCUAGCACCUCUUAUAAAUGAACAUGCUAAAGGAGGAAAGUGUAUCGUUUUCACUCAAACCAAACGUGAUGCUGAUCGACUAUCACAUAUAAUGUCAAAAAGCGUUAAAUGUGAGGCUUUGCAUGGAGAUAUUUCUCAAACUCAAAGAGAAAGAACUCUUACUGGCUUUAGAAACAACUACUUCAAUGUUUUAGUGGCAACUGAUGUUGCUUCCCGUGGGCUUGAUAUACCGAAUGUUGAUCUUGUAAUACAUUAUGAACUUCCAAAUUCUUCAGAGAUAUUUGUUCAUCGAACUGGACGAACAGGACGCGCUGGUAAGAAAGGAACUGCUAUUCUUGUCCACACGGAAAAUCAAUCCCGGGCCGUACAGUCAAUUGCACGAGAUGUUGGAUGUACAUUCAAAGAGUUACCUAAGAUUGCUGGUGAGAGUGGAUCAGAAGACAUGUUUGGUGGAAUGAGUGGGAGUCGAUAUGGCUCUUCAGGAGGUAGGGAUCGUCGAUCAGGCGGUUCAGGUUUUGGUGGUAGUUCUGGAUUUGGCCGAACUGGCGAUGGAAAAUCCAGUCGCUUUAGUAGCUCUGGUUCAAGUCAGUCAGGAGGUGGAUUUGGGGGAUUUUCUGGUAAAACAGAUAAAUAUGGUGGUGGAGGAUUCAGCAAUUCAGGUCGUUCUAGUGGCUUUGGAAAUUUUGGCUCCGGUAAAUCUGGGUCAUAUGGUGGCAGAAACUGAUGCCAAAAUAUAGGAGAUUAAAGGUCAUUUUAAUAAUAACAGAUAAAAUAGAGGAAGACCAUUUUAACUCCUGGUAAGUGCAUACCAUCUUCACUUCUUGAUGGUUUAAUUUUGGGUUCUUGCUUAGUUUAAUUUACUGUCAUGUCUAUACGAAUAACUUUAAGCAUCUUGUCUAAUCCCCUUAACACUUGACACGGAGAAAGUUAUGGCACGUGGAUUAUUCAUUCUGUUUUGAGGGGCAUUGGAUUUUUCUCUCUUGGGACAAUCUUCAGCUCAUCCUGAAUUCCAUCCAUAGAAAAGUGGAGCGGCAAUGCUUGUAUCCUGUGCUGCAUUUUCCAGCUUCUACCAUGCAUUUGUUUGGAUUAGUUUUGUUGGUGCUCUUUUAAGUUGUGUGGUAGUUUAUGAUUCUGAACAUGCACUGGGUGUGCCUUGGUAAUCUCGAAGAGCCAGCUUUAUAGAGCAAUGGUGAUAUGUUUUAUUUAGUAGUUGUUGGUGCCUCAGUAUGUAACAGACAGAUAUACAAAACAUUUCAGAAAUAGGUAAGGGUGUUCUCUUGUUCACAAUAUAGUUGUUACAUUUUGUUAUACAGGGAAAUUCUCAUCAUGACAUCAUCUAUGAAAUAUGUAAAAUUACCAAGAACUCGUUGCUUACACAUUAUGUUACUUCUGGAAUUAAUGAAAUAUUCAUUGCUUACAUUCUGGGUGGUGGGUUGAGG